UCUUUGGCACAGCCGUCUCCAGUCUGCCAGAGGAUAGCAGUCGUGCUCCCAGUGGAAGAUGGCGGUGGGGAUGCUGUCUGGGGCUGGAGCAGAAUGCUGGAUUUGCACAAAAAGCGAACCCGGAUGGAUAUAAAGGGAAAAAAAUGAACAUAUCCCCAUCUCUUGUCCUCGAGCUCUGGACUCUUUUGGGCUUGUUUAUCUAGAGUCUGCUGCCUUUUUUCUGGCAGAAAUCCGGUGUUGUCGGGGAUUCACCGACUACAUCGAUAGCUCGGCGCAUAGACAGGGUGGGAGUGAAAAGUGGACGAAAAUGUCGGAUUCAAAGGUAAAAGUUGCCGUGAGAGUUCGGCCCAUGAACCGAAGGGGUAAGUGUCAAAACGACGAUUUCUUUUUUUGCAACCUCGCAUGUCUGUCUCCUCGGAUUCAUGCCACAUUAUCAUAAAGUUUGGAUUUCUUCGCCAUUGCGGCUUUCAGCUCGACUUAUGAGCUUGAAGUCGGACUUGAGUCGAGUUUGGAGACGGUCAAAGUGGCGAGGGUUGUUACUCUCCACACCCUCGCAUUCUGCUGUACUUCACUCCAACAAACUUCUCUCCACAGAAAUCGAACUGAAAACAAAAUGUGUCUUGGAUAUGGAGGACAACCAAACAGUGCUGCACCCACCACCCUCGAAUGCAAAAGGAGACAACAGGAAACAAUCUAAGGUGUUCGCCUUUGACCACUGUUUCUGGUCCAUAGACGAGUCCAACGUUCCCAAAUAUGCUGGUCAAGAGGUGGUGUUCAAGUGCCUUGGAGAGGGAAUACUUGAAAAUGCAUUCCAGGGAUAUAAUGCCUGCAUAUUUGCCUAUGGACAAACAGGUUCAGGCAAGUCCUUUUCCAUGAUGGGGAAUGGGGAGCAGCCGGGUUUAAUCCCUCGACUCUGCUGCUCGCUGUUUGAGAGGAUCCACAGAGAGGAGAACGAGGGCCAUUCUUUUAAGGUGGAGGUGUCCUAUAUGGAGAUCUACAAUGAGAAGGUCCGUGACCUGCUCGAUCCCAAGGGGGGCCGACAGUCCCUGAAAGUUCGGGAACACAAAGUCUUGGGUCCAUACGUGGAUGGUCUGUCUCAACUGGCUGUGACCAACUUUGAGGACAUUGAGGUGUUAAUGUCAGAGGGCAACAAAUCUCGCACAGUUGCAGCCACCAACAUGAAUGAGGAGAGCAGUCGAUCACAUGGCGUGUUCAGUAUCAUUGUCACACAAACGCUUUACGAUCUACAGUCUGGGAAUUCAGGAGAGAAGGUGAGCAAGAUGAGUCUGGUUGACCUGGCAGGAAGUGAGCGAGUGUCUAAGACUGGAGCUGCUGGAGAGAGACUCAAAGAGGGCAGCAAUAUUAACAAGUCUCUCACUACGUUAGGCUGUGUGAUUUCUGCUCUGGCUGAUCAGUCUGCAGGAAAGGGGAAGGCCAAGUUUGUGCCAUACAGAGACUCAGUGCUCACCUGGCUGCUGAAGGACAACCUUGGCGGCAACAGCAAGACGGCCAUGAUAGCCACAGUGAGUCCGGCAGCCGAUAACUACGAGGAGACUCUUUCCACGCUACGCUAUGCAGAUAGAGCCAAGAGAAUCGUCAACCAUGCCGUGGUGAACGAGGAUCCCAACGCUCGGAUCAUCAGAGAGCUCAGGGACGAGGUGGAGAAGCUCAAAGUUCAACUCUCUCAGGCUGAGUCAUUGAAGGCUCCUGAUCUGAAGGAGAAACUGCACGAGUCUGAGAAACUCAUUCAGGAGAUGACCGUCACCUGGGAGCAGAAACUAAGAAAGACAGAGGAGAUUGCCACUGAACGCCAGAAGCAGCUAGAGAGCAUGGGCAUCUCUCUGGAAACAUCAGGGAUUAAAGUGGGUGAAGACAAGUGUUUCCUGGUUAAUCUCAAUGCUGAUCCUGCCCUAAAUGAGCUACUGGUCUACUAUCUGAAGGAGCACACGCGUGUGGGCGCAGACACGUCUCAGGACAUCCAGCUCUUUGGGAUCGGUAUCCAGCCGGAGCACUGCGUCCUGGAGCUCUGCCCAGAUGAUGAUGUCACCCUGAUGCCCAUAAGGAAUGCCAGGACCUGUGUGAACGGAUCAAUGAUUGAUUCUUUGGUGCACCUGUGGCAUGGGGAUCGUAUUUUAUGGGGCAACAAUCACUUCUUCAGGAUUAAUCUGCCAACACGAAAGCGGCGGGACCGUUUAAAGGAGCUGGAGAGAGCUUCCCCCAGAGAGAGCUUUGUCGAGGCAGAUGUGGAGACCGCCAGCGAGGCGUCUUCUGAGCAGGACUACAGCUAUGAGUUUGCUCAGAUGGAGGUCACAAUGAAGACUCUGGGGAACAAUGACCCCAUGCAGAAUGUGGUCCAGGUGCUGGAGAAGCAGUACCUGGAGGAGAAGCGUACGGCUCUGGAGGAGCAGAGAGUGAUGUACGAACGAGAGCUGGAGUCGCUACGGCAGCAGCUGUCUCCUGAGAAAACGCCGCAACACCACCGCAGCAGCAGCGAGCGCCUAGCCUUCCCGAUGCACACGCCACACGGCAAGCUGCGACUGUGGACGGAGGAGCGGGAUGAGCUUUUUCGUCAGAGUCUUUCUCGACUCAGGGAGCAGGUCGUGAAAGCCAACACCUUGGUGCGAGAAGCCAACUUUUUGGGAGAGGAGAUGAACAAACUGACUGACUAUCAGGUCACCCUUCAGAUUCCUGCGGCCAACCUCAGCGCCAACCGCAAGCGUGGAGCAAUAGUGAGCGAGCCGGCCAUUCAGGUGCGGAGAAAAGGAAAGGGGACCCAGGUGUGGACCAUUGAGAGGCUAGAAAACAAACUGGUGGAUAUGAGAGACCACUACAGGGACUGGAAGGAAGGCACAGAGGAGAUGUAUAACAAGGCAAACAGUAAGCACAGUGAUCCAUUCUAUGAGGCGCAAGAGAACCAUAACCUGAUAGGAGUGGCCAACAUUUUUCUGGAGUGCCUUUUCCAUGAUGUCAAACUGCAAUAUGCGGUCCCCAUCAUCAGCCAACAAGGAGAGGUAGCAGGCAGGUUGCACAUUGAGCUGAUGCGAGUCAGUGGAGUCGUACCAGAGCGCCUGUCUGGGGGAGACGACUCGUCAGAGAACUCCAGUGAGAGUAGCUGCUAUGAGGUGAUGGACACCAACGGGGAGAUCGUACAUAUAGCCAAGAGGCUUACCUGCAGGGUGCGGAUCAGGGAGGCCACAGGUCUGCCACUCAACCUGUCCAACUUUGUCUUCUGUCAGUACACCUUCUGGGAACAUGGUGAGCCCACUGUGGCUCCUCCCAUGGUCAGCCCAGACAUACCUUCCCCUCGAAGCCCAGAUGCCCAGUUUACUGUCCAGUUUGAUCAAUGCAAGGACUACAUUGUGCAUGUGACGGAUGAGUUUUUGGAGUUUAUAUCGGAUGGAGCAUUGGCUAUAGAAGUGUGGGGUCACCGCUGUGCCGGGAACGGACGGUCACUCUGGGAGUUAGACGCACUGGAGGCCAAGACCCAGACGCUCCGUGACAGGUGGAGUGAGGUGUCUCGCAGGAUCGAGCUGGUGAUCUCCAUCCAGGAGCUGAAUGAACAGGGAGAGUACUCAUCUGUGGAGCUGCAGCCUGGAAAAGACAUCAGCACAGGAGGUGUCUUCCAACUCCGACAGGGUCACUCCAGGAGGCUGCAGGUUUGUGUGAAGCCGGUCCAGAACUCAGGCACUCUGCCUCUGCUGGUGGAGGCUUUGAUGUCUGUCUCUAUCGGCUGUGUGUCUGCUCGCUCCACCAAACUACAGAGACCCCUCGACAGCUACCAGAGAGAGGAGGAAGACGAUAUGGAUAGUUAUCAGGAGGAAGAUCUCAACUGUGUCCGAGAGCGCUGGUCAGAGGCACUGAUAAAACGUCGGGAGUACCUUGAUGAACAAAUCAAGAAAAUCAUCAACAAACAAGAGAAGUCAGAGGAGGAUAUUGAGCGUGAGGCUCGACUAGUGGAGCAGUGGGUGGGUCUGACUGAAGAGAGAAACGCAGUGCUGGUACCUGCACCUGGCAGUGGCAUCCCUGGAGCUCCUGCAGACUGGACCCCACCUGCAGGAGUGGAAGCUCACAUCCCUGUACUCUUCCUAGAUUUAAAUGCGGAUAAUCUGACAGUGAAUGAGCAGCUGACCGGCCCGCAUGCUGCAGGCCAUAACUCUAUACUGCCCAAGGAGCAUGGGAGCCAGUUCUUCUAUCUGCCCAUCAUCAGGCACAGUGACGAGGAGGUGUUGGCAGUGUGUUCAUGGGACUCAUCAAUCCACGAUUCUGUGCACCUCAACCGCAUCACAUCUCCUAACGAACGCAUUUAUCUGAUCAUCAAAGCCACUGUGCAGCUCAGCCACCCUGCAUCCAUGGAGCUGGUGCUCCGCAAGAGGAUCGCUGUCAACAUCUACAACAAACAGAGUUUCACUCAGAGUCUCAAGAGAAGAAUGUCCUUAAAGAACGCGCUUUAUUCCUGUGGUGUGAUUUAUGAGAUUGUUUCCAACAUACCAAAGGCCUCAGAGGAGCCAGAGGAAAGGGAAACCUUGGCCCUCAUGGCUGCUCGUGCAGACAGCGAGGAGACUCAGGAUGGAGAAACCUACAUAGAGAAGUACACACGGGGAGUUCUGGAAGUGGAGAACAUCCUUAGUCUGGAGAGGCUACGACAGGCUGUCGCAGUGAAGGAAGCAAUCACUACUAAGGGACGACACCUAAGAAGGAGUAUCAGCACACCAAAUGUACAGCAUUCUUCAUGUAGUAAAACAGACCUGACUGGUUGUGAAGAUGAAGACUGCAAGGGCCACUGUGAUAAUGUUGACAGUACCAACUGCAAUCCCCCGGAGGGCUCGCUUUGUACCACACCCAUCAAAAGCAAGGAGAAUCCAGGUUUGGUUCCAGAGAGCCCUACGUUUUUCAACUCCAGCCCCUUCAAAGUCCUCUCCCCUCAGCCGCCGAAAUUCCUCAAGUCCCUGCUGCCUGUUAAAGAGGAGAACAAGGUGAAGAAAGUCCUGGAGGCCCGGCCGCUGCUGGGACAAGAGAGCAUGCGCUCAUGUGUGGACAGCCCUGCACUGCUCCCCCCUCCCUGCCCCUGGCGCCGGCCCAGGGCAGGCAGCGAGGGCCACUGCAAGCCUUCCACCUCCACCUCCACCACUCCCACCAGCAGACAGCUCAGCCACACACUGCCACACACUGCUGACUCUGAGGACGAGGAGGCGUAUGUGGACAUGACUCAGGACCACAGCAGCUUCCAGUCUUACGUCCCAGAGGACUUUGCAAACUUUGAGAUCUACAACGCCAGUCUGGAGAACCAGGAGGGGCUUUUAUCCUCUCGGUCUGACUUAAAGGGAAGCCGAUGUGGGAGUGGAGAAAGAGAGGUGCCUCGAAGCCCCACGGCCAGCAGUUGCACUAGUGGCUACUUUUCACACAGCGCCUCCAACGCGACACUGUCUGACAUGCCUUUCAGUGCCAGUGAGAGUUCUGACCACCUCAGCUGCACCUCCAGAGACCCCCACGACCCUCUCGGCAGCCCUGCGGGGAGGGCCUGCACGCAAACCAAAAGUGUUUCUGCAGGGAGUGACACCCAGCUGCCUCUCCUCUCAGCAGGCAGGGUUGAGGAGGUGCUCAUUCAUCCUGCCAGCCAGGAGUUCACUGACUUUAAAGGGGCUGAUGAUAGUAUUGGAGACCGUGAUUUAGCACAUUUUACAGGUGGAUGGGAGCAGGAGGUUUUGGACAAUGAAACAUGUGACACUGGCAAUGAACACUCCUCUGAUGUCUCUGGUGUUAUCAACACAUCUGUUACUGGAGACAAUUCAACUGCUACAUGCACAUUUCCAAAUAAUGCAGGCCCUGUUUGUGAAGCUGUGUCCUGCCCUAACUCACCUGUAGUUUGCACUUCAGACAGAGUCACAAUAUCUGUGCCUGACAUAGUACCAGCUCCAUCUACAGCAGCACAAUCCCCAAUCGCACCUUUAUCUACAGCCCCAGCCUCUGCCCCGAGUCUGCGAGCAGGAGGAGAACCUCCAAUCGAGGAGCCGGCCCAGGGAGAUCUGCCCCACGGGAGUCCCUGUCCCAGCCCAAACCCCAGCAGCGCAGAGCCUUCAGGAGAUUCCAGUGGCGAUGAGAGCACCCCUGUAGCUCAGCUUCCUGACUGGAUGGCACCAGGGGAGCAGGUGUGGGUGGGGAAGCGGAGAGGAACAGUCCACUAUGUCGGAGGGGUGGAGUUCGCUAAGGGGAUCUGGAUUGGUGUGAAGCUUGACAUGGCAGUGGGUAAGCACAACGGGACUGUCCAGGGCAGAGUGUACUUCCGCUGUCCCCCAGGUCACGGUGUAUUUGUGAAGCCAUCUCGUCUCACCAGAGGACCGCCCUGCAUGGACACAGAACCCCAGACUCUGAUCAGAUAGGACCCAAAGAAGGACCUGCUUUCUGAGGAAAGGCAUGGACCCGAGGGUGCUCCUCAGAUCCAGUGCCUAUGGGUGAACCCCAGGCUGACUUCAGCGCGGCUCCUCUCCUUGUAAUGGAGAUGCUGGUGUAUUCUGUGGGCUUGUCUGCUUUCCUAAAGCAUAUCUGACCUCUGCAUUUAAUGAAGGUAAAUUCUAAUUACUGUUCACUGAAAAUUCACUAUGCACAUAUCUGAGUUUUCUAUACGGGGAUAUUUUUGAUAGAGAACUUAAAUAUUACCCAAAUACAUUUUCUUACAUUGGUAUCUGAACAUUAUAAAUAAUAUUUUUGUAAGACAAUGCAUCCUCCCUGAGGCUCAUGUUGGAGUAAUCUGGGAGAUGAAAGUUAAGAAUGUACUACUGUUUAUAAACAUUGAUAUUUACAUCAAUAUGAUCUGUCAGGGGUAACCAAAGAACUACGGUUCCAUAUCUGCUGUUAUGAGUAAUAUGUUAUUUUUCUAAUGCGUAUAUGUGGAGUUAAACACUAUAUAGCGAUGUGUCCAAGUAAAGCUUAGUGCCAUAUCUCUAGGAGUGAUGCCACAUACCCUGAACAGAGGACAAAUCUACUAAACCUGAGUUGCUUUCAGCGUUUGACUGAAGUUGUAUCAUGUUAAAUUAUCCUGUUGAAGUACUGUAACACUGUGGAGGAAAUAAUCCCCAUCCAGCAUGAGACUCUUGCUGUUUGAAUGCUUGCACUGGAAAGGAUUCUUGGAGAGUUCGCCGACUGUCUUCCAUAUUUGACUGAUGAGAUGUUUUCUAACGUAAGUGACUGAAAGAAACACGUGUCAUCAUUUUCAUCGGGGGAACACAGCAGCUGGGCUUUGCUCAAGGCCUGGAUGUAGUGAUGCCUUAAAGCCCUGUUUCCAUAAAGGCAGGCACAUAAACCCCAGACUGCUCAAUGAACUCCAUAACAAGCUCACUGAGUUUUAAACUAACUAACUGUAUGGACCUGAAACCUGUGUAUGUAUAUUAUGACGCCCAGAGGCAUUCAAAAUGCCACCCAGUCUUGCGGACUGUCUGAAUAUCUGUUUAAUUCAUUGUCUAUCUGCAUUUUAUAUGUAAGCUGAUAUAUAACACUACAUGUAAAAGAAGGUACUCAAUAAUGCUUUUUUUUAAAAGAAGGAUUGGAUGAAUGGGUGAUCGAACUUCUAUUUUUAUGGAAGUGGUGAACGUGGAACUGACGAGUUAUAUGCCCGAGCUGUAAUUUCAAGAAAAUGAAAGAAACCCAGGACCUUACUUUAAAGAAGAGAACAACGCUGCUCUCCCUCAUAAGGAGUUGUAAAUAGAAAUGUGUGUUGAACAUAGUAUUUACACUAUUAUAAUGUACAGAAUUGUAUUUAUAA